AUGGCGCAAGCGCAAGCAACGACGCAGAAAACCGAGAGCGGACCGAGCCCGCUUGACUUAGAAGGCAUCUGUCUUCUCUCUCUUGAUGGAGGUGGCGUCCGCGGAUUAUCGAGCCUUUACGUCCUAAAGCGCCUGAUGACGAAGCUCAAUUAUGAGCGGCAUGAGGAUGGUCUCCCAGCUGUCAAGCCAUGUGAAGUAUUUGACCUUAUUGGUGGUACUAGUACUGGCGGCAUUAUUGCCAUCAUGCUUGGUCGGCUCGAGAUGGACGUUGACGCCUGCAUCUCAGCCUAUACCAGGCUAAUGAAAAAUGUUUUCGGAGCGAAGGGCGUCCUUCCGGUAGACUGGAAAGGUCGUAUAAAAGCCCGACUCGACUCUGAAAAGCUUAAGGGUGCCAUUGAAGAAGUCCUCCAUGAAUACCAAACCCCAGAAGAUGCCCGCCUAGAUGAUGGGGUUAAGCGUGGGUGUCAUGUGUUCGUUUGUGCGGCUUCGAAGGAAUCUAGUGAUAUUACCCGUUUACGCAGCUACAGAUUACCUGAUGAAGAUAGCACUUCCGCUACCGUCUGUGAAGCUGCCCUUGCCACUUCAGCAGCGACAUCAUUUUUUGAGCCAAUCACAAUAGGAGCACGCACGUAUGUUGACGGUGCGUUACGAGCCAAUAACCCGGUUGUCGAAGUGAGGAACGAAGCCUCAAACAUUUGGUGCACCAACACGGGAGAUUUGAAACCUCUCGUAAAGUGCUUCGUUUCUAUCGGGACCGGAAAUCCGGGAAAGAAACCGAUCGAGGACAAAGCAGCGAAGUUCUUUCUCAAGGCACUGGUGCAACUCGCCACAGAAACCGAGAAAACGGCGGAAGAUUUCGUUCAGGAUUGGCGCCAACACUUCGACCAGAAGCGAUACUUUCGUUUCAACGUCCAGCAGGGACUCCAGGAUAUUGGCCUUGAAGAGUACGAAAAGCAGGGUGCUAUUGAGGCAGCUACCGAUGCAUACCUGAGUGAGAUAGCACAGAAGUUUAGCCUUCGAGAUUGUGCAUCAAAUCUCAAGCAGAAGCAAAGUGUGUAUAUUGAGAACUUUGUCUAG